AGCUUCAACGCAUAUAACAACACAUAUAAUUAUAUCAAGCCCUGUGCGUAGGUGAACUUGAAGGCUUUUGCGGGUGAAGCGGCUUGCAAAGCCGCUCGAGCCCAAUGAUGAGGCAAAGAUAAUCUGUAUUAAGAUGAAAGGAUUACAGACUCCAGCUGCGCACUGUCAGGGUGCAGGCCCUGGGCUGCGCGAGGGCGGAGCAAUUCUUGGCAGGAGGAACGCAUUUCUGGGGCCGGACAUGCCCAGCACCUCCAUGCCAAGAAUUCAAAGCAUUCGGGGUGCCUGUCACCCCGAGACGCACCGCUGUGUGGCAGCCCGCGCUGCAUCCCAGCCGCCGCGGCUAACGCCAGCACGUCCCGAGCAGACGGAGCAAUCAUCGCAGGCGUUCAGUCAGAAUACGCACCUUGCGGCUUGUGGGUCGGCGGCGACCGGGACCGUGCUGGCCAUGACCUCGGCACCAUCUCGAGCCACGCGGGCAGUGCAUAACGGCACGAGCGCAGAGUCGUUUAUGCUGGAGCCUGACGCUACCAUCGUCCUUCCACCUGCAGUGGACGACGACGCCUGCAACGCGCCAGCCCUGGGGACGACGCUGUUGGCGCAGCUGCCGGCGCAGCGUGGUGAGGCGGCGCCGGCAGGAGGCAGCGUGCGAAUCGGGGGCGACGUGGCUCUUGGGGGCAGCCCCGGCGCCGGUCUUGAGCCGGAGGGCUUGGAGGGCCGCUACGGCGGCCAGCAUUCGGCUCGGCAGCGGCUGGGACGCCCGCACCACCAGCAGCGCCCGCAACACCAACACCCUGCUACCAGCCAGGCACAGCCGUACGAGCAGCAGCAGCAGCUGCAGCUAGAACACCAGCAGGAGCAGCAACAGCAGCAGCCGCAGCAGCGUGUGCUGCGGGGGACCCAGGCGGCGCUGGAGCCGGAGCAGGAGCAGGAGGUGGCGGGACGGCGGCAGCAAGCGCACCAGGGCACUCGCCAACACACGCAGCGGCACGCGCAACCCCAGCACCGCCACCAGCAGACUGGCAAGAGCAGCAGCAGCAGCAGCAGUAGCACGGCGGCGGCGGCGGAGCAGGUGAUAGGCCGCUACCAGCUGUCGCACGCGCUGUCACACGCGCCGGACGCUAGGGCGCUGGUGGAGCUGCUGGCGGAGGCGGUGGCGCGGCCGGGGCGGUUGGAUCCGGUGUGCAUGUCCGCGGCGGUGUGCCGGAUGGCCAGGCUACAAGAGCGCGAGGGGGAGGAGCGGCAGCGGCGGCGCUGGCAGGAGCACCAGUGGCGCCUGGAGCAGGCGGAGGCAGAGGCGAAGGCAGAGGCGCAUGAGCGGGCGCGGGCGCGGGCGCGGAGACACACGUACGGGGUUGCAGCGUUUGGGCUCGCCAGCCGCACAGCAGGUGAAGAGGCGGCGGCGGCGGCGGCGGCAGCGGAAGCAGAAGUGGAGCCGGGGGCAGCUGCGUCGGCUGGGGCAGUGUCUGUUGGAGGUUAUGGGGCGGUUGUGCAGUUGGGGCUGCAAGAGGAGCUGCACCUGAAUGGCAGCGGAGGGAACAGUGCGGGCGGUGCUGGCACUAGUGGCCUGACCCUCGUCGUCGCGCCGCCCGCCAGCAACACCGCCUCCACCCCCAACAGCCUCAGCAGCCUCAGCGGCGCCGGAGAGGGCCCCCCACUCGCUGAGCAGCACCAACACCCCCCGGACCACUUGCAGCGGCCGUCCCUGUCGCUGCCGCCACAAGUUCUGCCGCAGCGCGUUGACAGCAACGGAACUGGGGGAAGCAUUGGCGGCGGCAGCGACCGCGAGGGCUGGCAGGGUGCAGGGGCCAGCACGGGCCGCCCGCUCCUGGAGCACUUUCUAGACCUGGUGGGGGAGGCAGUGGAGCAAUGCCACCAGCUGUCCGCCUCCGUGGCCGCGCCUGGCAGGACGAGAGGACCUUCCGGCACCAGCACCAGCACCAGCACUAGCGGCCCUACCAGCACUGGCACCAGCACCAGCACUAGCACUAAAGCUACCACCACCAACAACAACGACACCGCGGCGCCGGUGCGGCCGUUCCGGCCGCGGGAGGUGGCCAACGUGGUGUGGGGCCUGGCGCGCCUGCGCGGCCGCGACGCCAGGCUGGGCGGCGGCGGCGGCACCGCCGCGCGGCAGGCGUUGCUGCUGCACAUCGCCGGCGGGCUACUGCUCCCGCCGCCGCCGCCGCCGCAGGGGCAGACACAGCAGCGGCGCAGGCAGCAGCAACAGCAGCGGGUGCCGCUGCCGCAGCUGCAGUCGCCGCAGUGGCGGCCGGCGGAGCUGGCGAUGCUGGGCUGGGGCAUGGGGCGGUCGCAGGCGGCGCCUCCCAGCGGCGCCUGGCUGGGGGCCUACCUGGCCGCGUGGGACCGACCCAUGCUGGCGGCGGCGGCGCCCGGCGACCUGGCCUGCGUCAUGUGGGCGGUGGCGCGGUGGCGGCUGGCGGCGGCGUCACGCGCGGCCUGGCACGGCGCCAGCUCGGCAAGCAGCGGCGCUGGUGCAGGUGGUGGAGAUGGAGAUGGUGGGAUGAGCGGCAGCAGUGAGGGUCGCAGCGGCGGCGGCGGCAGCGGAGGCAGAAGCGGGGGGGCUGGGCCGUGGCGGGGACUGGAGGUGGAGCCGGCGGGGGCGCUGGAGGCAUGGCUGCAGCGGUUCUGGGAGGUCAGUGAGCCGUCGCUCCGGGCCUCAGCGGCGGCGCAUGCCUCGGCGGCUGCGGCGGCUGCGGCAGACGUAGGCCACGUACGCAGCAACCAGCACUCGUCAUCGCAUGGGCCCCGGCAACAGCAUCAACAGCACGAACAGCAGCAGCACAAACAGCAGCACCACCAACAGGGGAACUUUCCCACCGCACCCUCACCAGCAGCACGGCUGUGGCGUCCCUCGGAGCUCGCGAUGCUCUUGUGGUCCGUCGGCGCCCUGCGCCUGACCCGCAAGCUGGCGCCGCCGCCGGAGUGGCUGGAGGCGGCCCUUCGCGCCGCCGCCGUCGCGGCGCCCGCAGCCCAGCCCCUCGCCCUCGCCACCACUCUCCGGGGCGCGGCGCGACUCGGCGCUCUCAUGCCUGUGCCGUUGCAGCUGCAGCCGCAGCCGCCGGCGUCUGGGCCGGCCUCGGCGCCGCCGUCGCGACCGCGCUCUGCGGCCGUGUCACCGACCUCGUCCAUGUCUGACGUGGAGGACGGCGGCAGUAGCAGCAGCAGUGGCAGUAGCUACAACAGUGGCGGUAGCAGCUUCUCGCCGCGCGGCCGCGCCUCCAACACAGCGCUGCUGCCACCCGCACAACGGCCGGCGCGGCCCGUGCCGCCGGCGUGUCAGUCCCUUCUGGCUGCGUUUGCGCGGGCCUAUCUGGGCCGCUGUGCGCCAGAGCUGGUUCGCCGCCGGGACGGACUCGCCGGCGGCGGUGGUGCUGGUGCUGGUGGCCGCGGUGCUGGGCGCGGCGGUGGCGGCGGAGCGGCUGGUCGUGAGGCUGCUAUGAUGAGCGGGGCAGUCAUGAACGGAUUUGGGCCCAGUCAGCUGGUCGACGUGGUGGCGGCUGUGCAGGCGCUCGCAAAGUCAGGCCACCUGCCGCCCGCCGCCGCGCUGCCGCUGCCGCUGCCGGCGCUGCUGGGUGCUGCUACAGCCCGCCUGCAGCGCUGCAACAGCCGCGUCCUCAGCGCCCGCCACCUGUUGGCUGUAGCAGCCAGCCUGGCCGCCCUGAACGCGACCAUCUGCGGUACAGCUAGUACUGCAGGAUCCGUGGCGGCGCAGCACGGCGUGCCUGCGGCUGCAGACGCGAUGGCGGCGGAGCCGCACGCACAAGCAGCACCAGCAGCGGUUACCUCGGCAGCAGUGGUCCAGCCGCCUGCGGCAGUGGCGGCUGUAGCAGCAGCGGGCAUGGGCGGCCACAGCUGCUACAGCCCGCCGCCGGGCUGGUGGGACUGGUGGCUGGACGAGAUGUAUGGGCGGCUGCGCGGCCUGGCGGGGCACGAGCUGACGGCGGCACUGCAGGCGCUGACCGCAUUCGGUGUGGUGCCGGGUCCGGCCUGGAGCUCGGCACUGCUGGCCGCCGCCGCCGGCCGCCUGCCGGCCAUGAGCCGCACCCACCUGACCGACCUGGCGGUGGCAAUGGCGGCUGCCGGCCUCCGCCGCGCCUGGGCCGGCAGCAGCAGUGGCGGCAGCAACAGCCGCGGCAGCAGCAACGGCGGCAGCAGCUGCAGCAGAAGCAGCAGCGGCGCCGGAGGCAACGGCGAUGCUUACGCAAGCUGCUGCGGUUAUGAUGGCAUGGAUACGCCGGCGACUGCAACUUCGGGCGCCGGUGCGGAGCACAGCGCUGCGGCGGAGGCGGGCAGCGGCAGCGGCAACUGCAGCAGCAGCUCGGCUGAUUACGCGUGGGCCUGGCUUCGUCGCUUCCUACACGUGUGGGCCAGCCGGACCGGGCAGCCCCGGGCGCUGGCACGCGCCGUGCUCCAGGCGCGGCGCAAAGCAGCGGCGGCGGCUGGCACCGUCCCUGCAACCACUGCAGCAAGCGCCUCGGUGGAAGCGGAGGUGGGGCCUGCACGCAGCAGCGGGGCCUCGCGGUCGGCACCUGUGGCGGGGCGGCACCUGCGGCGCAUGCCGAGGCUGCAGCUGCGGCUGCGCCAGCUGCUGCUGCCGCGCAGUCCGACUGAGGAGCAGGCUCGGCGGCUGCGGGCGGCGCUGGUGGCGCUGGCGGGGCCGGUGGAGGGGUGGCCGCAGGACGUGCAGGAGGCUGCAGCGGCGGCGCUCGGCGGCGGCUUCGCGACUGGGGGUGGUGGCAGCAGCAGCAGCAGCAGCAGCAGCAGCAGCAGCAGCAGCGCCAAGAGUAGUAGCAGUGGUGGCAGUUGCGGUGGCAGUAGGGCACCUGGAGCGGCAGCUGUGACGCUGCAGCAACCGGCCGGCAGGACGCCAGCUACUGCCGCCAAGAAGGCUACAGCCCCAAUUGCCCCUUCGCCUGCUGGACCUGCGACGGUCUCGCCUGCGACGUCUGCAUCUGCUGCUGCUGGCGGCAAGGAGGCUGGCUCUGAUACUGGCGAGAGCAAGGAGGCUGCUGCAGAGCGGCGUCGCAUCGCACGCGCCAAUCGCCUCGCAUUCGAGCGCCGCAAGCAAAAGGGCGCGAGCGGGCAGAAGAGGCUGAAUCGCAGGGAUAGGAAAGGGCCCAAACAGGCCGCUGGGGCCCAGUAGAUCAGGACAGAAACGGCUCUGUCGGAAUGCUGCACUGCAAUACUGUUUGGUAGCAACGUUGAUUCAGUAUCGGUAUCGGCAUGUUUGUAGUGUGUAGGCGCACGAGUGCAUACGACAGCAGUGUAGGUCAGGAUGGCCCAUACGGUUUGGCUGAUGAUCAGGUUGGUUAAGUUGCAGAUGUUGGCUGGGUGGUGCUUGCGGCCUUGCGGCCUUGCAUAACUUUG